GAGGGGGUGUGUGUCGGCUUAAAGUACCGUGCGGUACAUUCCAGGACACACAUAUAAGUAUUCUGAUCCAAGAACGGAGGGAGGGGAGGAAAAAAAGUUUCCAAAACUUUGACGCAGAGAGAUAAUUACUGAGGACGAAGCAGAAGAUCCAUCGCUGAUCCAGAGGAGAAUCCACACAGAUAAAAAUGCCAGGCGAGCGGUUAGCAGUACGAGGCAUCUCAGAGUUGGGGCGUUUCCCUGGAGCAGCCCCACCCACCAGAGUGGAGCUGACCAUUCACAAAGAGGGGGAGAAGAAACAGGAGGAGGGUGGCUGUCGUCGCUGGUUCAGGAAGAUGUGUCCGUGCUGCUGUAAGCGCCAGAACAGCACCUCCUAUGAUGUAACAGAUAAAGUGGAAUUUGUGAAACCCCCAGUUCCUUCCCCAGAGCCCAUCAAGCCAAAGCAUGAGAAUGGAGAGACAAAGGAGAUGGAAGAAAUUAAGUUGUCGGUGGUUUCUGUGGAACUGCUGAGCUCCAAGACGGGUCAGAACAGACAGGAGCACCACACCGACUUGUAUCAUGGGGACGAGAUGAUCAUCCGCCGAGGACAGACCUUCCAAAUGGAAAUGGAGUUCAACAGGCCCUUCAAUGCUGACAAUGACAAGAUGCAUCUGGACCUGAAAACAGGUCCCCUGCCCAUGGUGUCCAAAGGCACUCAUGUCAUCAUCCCACUGGUGAAUAACCUCGAGGAUGAACGCUGGGAAGCCAAGAUUGUCGAGCAAAACGGCAACAAGAUCAAGCUGUCCGUCAACUCGCCAGCCAGUGCUGUGAUUGGCCUGUAUGGACUCACGGUGACAACUAGCAAUCUGAGGGGCGAGGGGGCAACUACCCACAACUCCAGCAAGAACAUCGUCAUGCUCUUCAACCCUUGGUGUGAAGAGGACACGGUGUUUCUGGAUGACGAGGAGGAGAGGAAGGAGUACAUCCUGAAUGACACUGGGAGGAUUUACUACGGCACAGAGAAACAAAUAGGUGCCCGCACAUGGAAUUAUGGACAGUUUCAUGAGGGGAUCUUGGAAGCCUGCCUGUUUGUCCUGGAGAAGAGUGACAUGCCUCCAUCUGGUCGCGGCGAUCCUGUCAAUGUGGUUAGAGUCAUAUCUGCCAUGAUUAAUGCUCAGGAUGACUUUGGGGUUCUGGUUGGGAACUGGUCUGGGAAUUACGCUGAUGGAGUUUCUCCUGCGGCAUGGAGCAGCAGCGUGGAGAUCCUGAGGAAGUACCACUCCUCCUAUGGGACGCCUGUGUCGUAUGGACAGUGUUGGGUCUUCUCUGGGAUCACCACAACUGUGCUGCGGUGUCUUGGCAUCCCCGCCCGCAGCGUGACCAACUUCCAGUCUGCUCAUGACACUGAUGUAUCCCUCACCACAGACGUCUACUUCGAUGAGAACUUGGAGCCGAUCGACUACCUCAAUAGUGACUCUGUGUGGAAUUUCCACGUAUGGAAUGACUGCUGGAUGGCGAGACCUGACCUGCCCCCUGGCAAUGGAGGCUGGCAGGCUGUUGACUCUACUCCCCAGGAAACGAGCCAAGGCACCUUCCGUUGUGGCCCUGCCUCGGUCAACGCCAUCCGCUCUGGCCAGGUCUACCUCAAACACGACACACCGUUUGUCUUUGCUGAGGUCAACAGUGAUAAGAUCUACUGGCAGAGGAACCUGGACGGUACGUUCAGCCAGUUCCACAGUGAGAAGAAAGCUGUCGGCCACUGCAUCAGCACUAAAGCAGUGGGCUCUGAUGAGCGGGCAGACAUCACACACCUGUACAAACACCAAGAAGAUUCAGAAGAGGAGCGCAUCGCUGUGGAGACUGCCAGUCGCUAUGGCAGCAAGCCAGAUGUCUAUUCCACGCCCAUGGCAGAGGAUGUGAGCGUGGAGGUGAGGAUGGAUGGCGAGGGGCCCAGGAUGGGUGCUGACGCCCAGCUAAGCAUUGUGGUGAAGAACCUGAGCUCGCAGCCACGUCGGACCACUCUGCACAGCCAGGUUUCUGUCAUGUACUACACUGGUGUGCUGAAGGGAACCAUCAAGAAGGAGGAGAUGCCUGUGGAGCUUUUGCCCAAUGAAGAAAAGACCAUUGAGUGGAUGCUGCCUUACCAACAGUAUCAAAACCAGCUGGUGGAUCAGGCAGCCCUGAUGCUGACCCUGUCUGGAAGAGUCAGUGAGACCAAGCAAGUACUAGCCAACCAGACCACGUUCAGGCUCCGCACACCUGACCUCAACAUCACGCCUUUGGGGGAGGCCGUGGUCGGUAAGGAGAUGGCCGCCAAGAUUACCUUCACCAACCCGCUGCCACGUAUGCUAAAGGGCGUGGUGUUCAGAGUGGAGGGCCUGGGCCUGCAGAAGGGCCAUGAAGUGGUUGUGGGUGACGUAGGUAGUCACUCCACGGUGACACUGACAGAGCACUUCAUCCCUACCCAGCCUGGACCCAGGAAGCUGGUGGCGUCUCUUGACUGUAAACAGCUCACUCAAGUGCACGGAGUGGCCGAUAUCGUCGUUCUUGAGAAAUGAGAGGCGACAUCACUUCCUGUCCUUGUCACUUCUCCCUUAUAGAAAAUGAACUGAGAGCCUCUGAGUAUAUGAAAAGGGUGCUAAGUUCCUGUAUCUUAAACUAUCUUGUUUUAUUUUGUACUGAAGCAACAUUUUUUGAUAUUUUUAAAGCUAUAAAUAGACGAUUAGCCACUGUAGCAUUAUCAGUAUUAUAUUUUUUAAGUUAAAAUAAUAUAAAAUUCACACUUCUGCCUUGCUCUGAAAUGUCUAAACUGUGGUGAAGUAUGCAGCAGGGUUUAAAUAUGUGCACAGCAAAUGAAGUGCUUUAUUAACAAGCACUCUUGUAUUGAAGUUAUUAAACUCAGAUUACAGACUGUCCUAACACGAGUGCAUUUCAAGACACUGACAAAAGCAUGUGAAGAUGCAGAAAGUUGGGUCAUUUAAUGUAAAUACUGUAUGUGCAUUAUUUCUAUAGCUUGUAAUGAGAAGAAAAAGUGUUGUCAGACAAAAUGAACCUCACGUUGCUUAAAUGAAGGACGGGCACUGUGAGGUGUUUUUAAAAGGGAAUGAUGUUGAAAUUGGCGUUGACAUUUUCCAAAAGGGCACAUUAUUCUAAUUUUCCCAAGUCUUUUCUGUCACAUUUGACUGAAAAACAUGUAAUUAUUGUUGAAAAGAUAAAGUAAUUUUUUUUCCCCUACCCAGUACCAAUUAACGAUGGAGAUUUCCAAAAAUUGAAAUCGACAAGGACAUGCCUAAAAGGUUAUUUUAAUCACCAGAUGAAUGCAAAUAUCUUUCUUUAUUUUUGAAAACCAACAAGCUGCCAUUCAUGAAGCUCUCCAUUUGCAGAAGGCAAACCAAAAAUGUUCCCUUAGGAAGAAUUGUACCAGAUGUUGUUUUGUGUGUCUUUUGUGUGUGUUUUUACAUUAUGUGUGUGUAUUAUAACACUGAAGCCAGCUUUAGAGUACACCAUACACCUGCAAAAUUGGACUUUUGGUUUCUGCUGUGAAUUCCAGCAUAUCAGACCACAGUGGCCUUAAAUCACCUUAGAUUUACCUGGUUCUCGUCUGUUUUACUUCAGCACUCAGAGAACAAUGUGAAGGAUAGUAUUUUAAUAACAUCACACUAUUUAUCUACCAUAUCUACCUGGACUGAUGUUUCUCUGUAUUGUAAUGUGAUAGUAAUAAACCUUACACUGAAAUGA